AUGUCCCUGCUCCCCAUUCUGCUAUACCACAAUCUCCCUGCCAUUCCUUCUCUCCCAUGCGCCUCUCUCACGCGUCUUGCCCCGCAUUCUGGUUUUCCAGUCCCACUCUACCUCUCCCUGCCAUUCCUUCUCUCCCCUGCGCUUCCCUCUCGCGCCUUGCCCCGCAUUCUGGUUUUCCAGUCCCACUCUACCUCUCCCUGCCAUUCCUUCUCUCCCAUGCACUUCCCUCACGCGCCUUGCCCCGCAUUCUGGUUUUCCAGUCCCACUCUACCUCUCCCUGCCAUUCCGUCUCUCCCCUGCGCUUCCCUCACGCGCCUUGCCCCCGCAUUCUGGUUUUCCAGUCCCACUCUACCUCUCCCUGCCAUUCCUUCUCUCCCAUGCGCUUCCCUCACGCGCCUUGCCCCGCAUUCUGGUUUUCCAGUCCCAAUCUACCUCUCCCUGCCAUUCCGGCUCUCCCGUGCGCUUCCCUCACGCGCCUUGCCCCGCAUUCUGGUUUUCCAGUCCCACUCUACCUCUCCCUGCCAUUCCUUCUCUCCCAUGCGCUUCCCUCUCGCGCCUUGCCCCGCAUUCUGGUUUUCCAGUCCCACUCUACCUCUCCCUGCCAUUCCUUCUCUCCCAUGCGCUUCCCUCACGCGCCUUGCCCCGCAUUCUGGUUUUCCAGUCCCACUCUACCUCUCCCUGCCAUUCCUUCUCUCCCCUGCACUUCUUUCAAUAAUCUGGCCCCACUCUCAAAGCCUUCUUCCAACCCCCCAACAGGAUCGCCUCGGCAUCGACGACGUCGUUGCCACUCUCAUUCUCUCGUCGGAUGAGACAAUAGCUGACGGCAGAGGAAAAGCUAAGGGGCAUCCCAUCUACAUGUCAUUGGGAAACAUUCAUCAUGAGGAUCGCUGGAAGCCAUACGGGCAUGCGCUCAUUGCAACGUUACCGGAGUUUCUGGCGGAGUACACGUCGGUUGACCGACUGCAGAUCUUCCAGGGGACCCGUGUGCAUGACCAGUCUGGUCUCGUUUUCACGGCCUACCCAGCACUAUACGCCUAUGUGGCGGACUACCCAGAGACGUGCAAACUCACCUUCACCAAGUCUCUAGAGACGAAUAUCGCUCAUCUGAAGAACAAGAUGUCAUCUACAAGGCCGUCUCUGCACGGCAACGAGGGGGGCCUCACCCGCAAACCUACAGCACUCAUCAUGUAG